CCUUGUCGGCAUGUUUACAUUUCCCCUUGCCUGACGUCUCUUUAUCAGGCAAUGGGUUUGUUCUGCGCCUAGUAUAAAGUAAGUGAGUGCAGGUUUCGCACGCACAUGUACUGUACACAUGCAGCAUGCUCAGGAUGACACAGACGAGUACAGCAUUGAGCAUUUUCGCCUUGUUUCUUCACACCACUUUUGGGGAAAGUGGUUGCACCUCAGCAGAUGGUGAUGGGACUUUUGGAGAUGAUGAACCAGACAAUUUUGACAUCGACUGUUUCAGUCAUCUGGAAUUUAAGGGUUCCUAUAGCAGCCUGACCUGCAAUUUUACUGAGCUGCCUCCUCACAACACUAACUAUACCCUAUCCCUGUGUACCAAGGAAGACAGCAAUUACGUGUGCUUCAAUAUGGAGAAACAGGAAGAUGUGUAUUUCCUAGAAUUCAGUGAUAUACUCUCCAACAAAGACCUUUGCAUGGACACUGAGAUGAAGAGAAGGAUCUGCAAGAGUCUGGUUGUAACUGACAUUGUUAAGCCUGAAGUACCAUUCAAUAUAAACAUCACAUACCAAAAGGAAGCAAAUGAAUACCUUAUUCAUUAUAGUACCCCACACUCAUGGAAGAAAUACUUAAGGGACAAAUUAAUACACCAAAUAGCCUAUCGGCAGGAAGAGGGUACUUGGAAGACAAUAGAGACGCCGUACCUUCAGAUAAAAUUACUGGGGAAAAACCUCGAAAAUGAUGCAUCGUAUGAGGUGAAAGUACGUUCUCAGCCCAAUGGAGAUUAUUUUAAGGGCACGUGGAGUGAAUGGAGCACUUCCCAGAGCUUCAGAACUACAAGAGAGCAGCAUUCCACAGAGAGCUACAGCAGCGUGGUUGUGCUUAUACUCUCCAUCCUGGGAUUCAUACUCUCCAUUGUCAUGGUUGUCCUGAUCAUAACUUUUUGGGAAAACAGGAUCAAGCCUGCUGUGUGGCCAAAUCUUCCCGAUCAUAAAAAAACGCUGGAGCAACUAUGCAAGAAGCCAAAAAAUAAUUUUGAUAUAAGCUUUAACCCAGAGAGUUUUGGUUACGUUCAUAUCCAUAAAGUGGAUGGCAUUCGAGCAAAAGCUGAACUGGAAAAUUUUCUGCAGCCAUCAACUUCUCCAGAGACAAACCUUCCAGAAAAAUUUAAGAGCAGAUCAGACCUGAAGAUGAUCCCUGCGAUGACAGACAAAAGCAAUCUAAAUCUGUCUGUGACAUACGGAGGAAUCUGGCCGGCUGAAGCCUUGCACAAGCUCCUGGGCACAAACCAGUUGGCAGUCACCGAAGAAAACUGCAGCUCCAGCACGUACAAGGUGUGCCACAGCAAUGGGGUGCCCCUGUGCAAUGAUGGUUUCAACCUUUCCUCCACUCCUCCCCCAGAUCUCUCUGACCAGCCUGGACCAGAACCCCUCAAUGGUGACACUGUGUCCCAGACACUGCCUACCAGUGAAAUGAGGUCACCAAACAAUGAGGAAGCCUAUGUCACUAUGUCUAGUUUCUAUAAAAUUCAGUAAACCUUACAGGGAUGGCAACAUACUUUUUUAUCUCUAACACAAGCAGGACACUGAAGCUUUCUGUUUUGUCAUCCUGCACCCUCUGAGCCUCUGCAACACACCCAGCUGCAGUGCGACGCUGUGCCUGCGAGGAAGGAGGUUCUCCUAUGUUUCAGGGACAAGUGGCCUAACCUUAGCUCUCAGUAUGCCAGCAGCCAUCUCCACCGCAGCAGAAAUUGACUUUAAUUGAAUCUGACUUUCUUAUCAAAUCUUCAGAUAUGAUUAAUCCAGAGCAAUGACACUGCAGUCCUAGCUGAGGAUCACAGCCGUCUCAUAAAAGUUAACUAUUGUCUUCUAAACUCUUCUGUUAACCUCUUGGUUGCAGAGUUAAGCUCUUAUUAAUGCAUAAGCAAGAUAUACAGCAAAAAAUUCAAGUUAACUAGAAUCCAAUCUCUUUUAUAAAGUGACAUGUCAGGAGCAAUUCCUCUGCAGUCAGUGGAAGUCCAUGAGUUUGCAAAACGCCAGUAAAUGAGAGUUGCUAUCAAGCAUUAGUUGCCAGGGGAUUCAGGAGCUUGGUCACUGCAAGCGAGUCUGCUGAGCCUCCAGGUAAAAGGGCACAUGGACACUGACUCACUUUAAGAAGAUGUUUUCUUACAUUGAGGUUUUUGGGGAUUUUUGAGAGAGAGUAAAACAAAGCAAAACCCUACAUGAGACUGCUUUUUGCUGUUGGUAAAGAACUGCCCUGGGGCCAACUUUAGGAUACACAGGUAUUUCUGCUAGUGCUAUAUAUUAAAGAUCUUUAGUAUUUCAUGUACUAGCAACGUUUAGCUAAGAAAACAAAAUUAUAUCAAUGAAAAGUGAAGUCCCAUCUCUUCCCGUAAACUCAGCUGGGGCUGUAAAAUGCAUGAUGCUGUCUUUCUCUGCAGCUGUUUUGCAAAUAUUAGUGCAGCAUGUAAGUACUUUCCAGGACAGAAGGGCUGAGAGGACUGUGUUUGUUUACUAGCAUUAUUCCUAGUGGUUGUGGCUGCAUGACAAUACUUUGAAUUUAGCCAGGUAAUGUUCUCAUGCAACAUCUGACCUAGGAAGAUGGAUGGAGUGUCAUGGAUCCUGCCAGUGAUUAGAAGACCUGCAUUUUUUUUAAUGUACCUUGUAAAAAAUAUGGCCUGGAGAUACCUUUUUUUGUUUGUUUUUUAAAUGUUAUUAUGGAGAAAGGCAUCCUGUCCCUUCCCUUUCACCCUUCUGUGGGCUCUGUGCCCAGCCCUAAGGAGCUCCCCACCUGCUGUCACACAGAGAUGGCUGAGCCACUUCGCAGCCUCUCUAGGAUGCCAUGCAUUGCAGAGCACAUGCUUGGAGAUGAAACUGCUACAGCCACAUGGUUGCAUGACAGCCAAGCAGUGUGGCCAUGGGAAAUCCAAGCCACUUUGCUGUGCUCUGGGAUCGGGGUUCACCCUACUGGGCAGUCUCAGUUCCUCUAGCUGCUUGAAAUUCUCCUUUCCCAAAAUGUAUUCACAUUCCCAAAGGCUAAGGGUAAAAGAGUCCUUUCUCAUCUUCAGAGCUGCUAGAAUUUGUUCUUACUGGUAAGAGCCACUGAGAUGUUGCUAUCUAUAUAUGAUGUAGCCUGCUGGAGAAAAACUCCCAAGACAGCACUCCACCUCCACCUGACACCAGGAAAACCUUCACAUGGGGAUAACCUUACAGUCUCUGCGUGCAAAGGGGCCGAGGAUUUGGUCAAGGCAUUCCAGUGUCAUUUUACAGAAUGUUUUUUAUUGCUGUUUCUUGCCGUAUUAAACAUUGAUUAAUGAAGUAGGAAAAGGCGAAAGCCCUGGACUUUCAUUUGCUUUAUAAUGCUUGUAUUUCUUUUUUAAAAGAGCCUCUGGUAAUGCUCAUACUGUGCUGACUUGCACAGUGCAGUUGUAGAUGCAGACAGACUGGGCUGGAAAGUCAUCCUCUUCCAGUUACAGUAACAGACAAAAACAGGAUAGAGAAAGAAGCAAAACUGCAUCAGAAAAAUCCUGUACAGUAUGUGCUAUGCUUGUUUUGAACUCACACACACAUUUUUAAGGAUUAAAAGGGACAUCAGAAUGUUUAGGCAAUAGGUUACCAUGUAUAGUAGUCUUUGUUUGUCCAGAAAGGUAUACUGCAUUUAAUAUAGAAAAAUCAGUAGAAACAUAGUGUUUGCCUUUAAUAUGGGAAAAGUAGUAGGAACCUGAUGUUUAUUUACUUCAAUCACUCUGAAAUAGUUAUAUGUUUUCUAUGUAGUACUCACACUUUUGCGUAGCUGCUAAUAUUUAAACAUUCAUUCUUUUUUCUAUGUCUUAUUACCUUUAUUUAAUUAGAUAACAUGUAACUUUGGUUUUACCGUGGUGUCACUGUAUUAAAACAACAUGGAUAUUUGCAUGA